CGUGUCUAUUGGGCGUGUCCUAAAAUUUGCAAACAUGAAAAUGACCUCUAUGAAAGAGGAGAAUGAGUCCCUGUUGAAGAAUGAUGAUAGUUCUGCUGAUGAAAAAGAUGAAGAGACCUCCAUACGUCCUCUUAGAAAGUGGCUCUUGUGGAAAAACAUCAAGUUUUUUGUCAUUCCAGUGGAACUAAGUGCUUUCUUCUACCUCUUUACAAUUUACUUCCAAAUGCAAUUCUACCAGCAAUACUUCUACCAGAGGAUCAUGAAACAAGAAAUCCUUGACUUUAACAACAUAUCAAAUGAACAGGAUGAUUGGUAUUUUGAGAAUGAUAGCACAUGCCUCAAUCAAGAUGCCAUUACAAACAUGUCUUCACAGGCUACAUUCCUCAAAGGUCAAAAAGAGGUCAAUCAUCUUAACAUGAUUUCAACGCUCAUCUCUCUUUCCUUGUCAGUAGUUACUUCCCUCUUUCUUAUCCCGUACUCUGACGUGUAUGGACGCAAGCCUUUUAUUGCUAUUGUUUUUGUGGGACAGGCAGCAGCCACUGUGGUCUCCAUCUUCAUUGUUUAUUUCAAACUAAAUAUGUAUUACUUCUGUUUAACGUCUGCAAUCAAUGGAAUAAGUGGUGGAUUCGGUGUCAUAUUAUCUUCAGCUGCUGCAUACGUUACCGACAUUACUCCUCCUCGUUGGUUAACCAUACGCAUGGCUAUAGUGAGCUCUAUGAUAUUUGUUGGUGGAGCAGCUGGUUCUCCUGCAGCUGACAAAUGGAUCGAUGCUAAUGGUUGCGACUUUCACCCUAUGGUCUGGCUCAUCUUAGCGUCAUUUUUGUGUGGAUUAUUAUACACUGUAAUACUCCUCCCAGAAUCAUUGAGUAAAGAUAUUAAAAGCAAAAAUCACCAAACAUCUAGGAAUGGCUUCCGAUCUCUUGUUCAAGGUAUAAAGAUAUUCACCUCCCUCUCUUACGUGGAUGCUUCGACACUUAUAAAACUCUGGAUCAUCAAUGCCAUUAUUGUUCUUGUAAUGACUGACGAGACUGGCGGUGUUCAAAUUAUUAGUUACUUUCUACAUAAUAAACCACUUGAAUGGGGCUACACUCUCAUCGGAAAUUAUCUUGCUGUCUCUUCGGUUGCUCACAUUUUGGUACUCUUCAUUAUACUCCCUCUAAUGGUGCUAGCCAAGAUCUCUGAUCCCAUCAUAAUGAGUGUUGGCAUUGUUUUUGUUCUUGUUGGUGAUUUAUGCAUCGCUACGUUUGUGAGCAAGACAUGGGAGAUGUUCUUAGUUGGUAUCAUUAUCAGUAUGGAGGCGCUUAUAUCUCCUAGUAUAAAGUCCUACAUUACUCGAUUGGUUAAGAAAGAGGAUUUAGGUGCUACGUUUUCUGUUGUGGCUGCCUUGCAAUUGAUUGGGACUAUUAUUGCCACUGUUGUAUUCAAUGAGAUAUAUACUCCAGAGACAACAGAGUCAGUUAAUAGUCUGAGUCACAGUCCAAGACUAGUGUAUUGGGUCUCUGCUGCUUUGUGGGGAGCUGGUCUAAUCCUCAGCUUAGUUCUUGUCUUUUUUAGAAAAAAGAAAAUUGUCUCAAGAGAAAAGGAAGUAACUAAAGAGCCAAUACAAUGAGAGCUAUAUACUAUACAUGUAUUUUUAAUUUUUUUUUGUAUAAUUAGUGUUGCAUGAUUUUAGGUGUGGCUGAUUAAUUAAUAAACGUCAA